AUGAUUCUGCUCGAAGUCGAAAACCGUGGCGUGUUCGACGCGCUCACCAACCACUUCAAGUCGGGGCGUGAAAAAGGCAAGUUCGAUCACGUGAACGCGCGCAUCGUCGACUUCGACGGCUGUAUCUAUCAUCUUUACUCGCCAGAUGGGAGCAAUCGUGAUCGACUUGAGCUGGCGCUUGAAAUCGCCUUCUUCGACCAACUCGAGAAGCACGGUGCCACCGAUAAACUAAAGGAAGUCUACGGGCAAUUUCUCCAAAGCGUUGGCAAACGCAUCGUCCUGGCCUUUCCGCUCUCGGCGAUCCCAGAGAAUUACGAGCAGUUGGCGCGAGACGCUGCUCGGCUGAAGCGAAACUGCUUCGCAGCCGUUUUUGAGAAAUAUUUUCAAGCCCAGGCCAGCGGGAGUCAAAUUCAACGCGCCGUUAUUCAUUUCAGAGAGGGCGAGAGCGUCUACGUUGAGGCAAAGUCCGAUCGCGUUACCGUGAUCUUCUCCACCACUUUCAGAGAAAAGGACGACAUUGUUGUUGGUGGCGUCUUCCUCCAAGAGUUUAAAGAAGGGAGAAGAGCUUCAGCAACCGCCCCACAGGUUCUGUUUUCGACAAAAGAGCCACCAUCUGAGCUGCGUGGAACAGACGCUAGAUCCGGAGAAGAUGUCGGCUACAUCACUUUCGUCCUUUUGCCCCGUCACUUUGCUGAUGGAACUCGCGACAAAACGAUAGAUCUUAUUCAUACCUUCCGCAAUUACCUUCACUACCAUAUCAAAUGUAGCAAAGCAUACAUUAAUUCAAGAAUGAGAAACAAAACUAGCGACUUCCUAAAGGUGCUGAACAGAGCGCGUCCUGAGGCCGAGGCCAAAAAGCGAUUUGGCUCCUGA